AUAGACAAAAAUAAAAUAGUUAUAAUAGUUGACAAUUGAUUUAUACAUUUACACCCACAUUUCACCACAAAAACAAAAUAAAGUAAUUAAUGACAAAUUAUCCACAAGCUUCUCCUAAGUGAACUGUCUUAGACUUUGUUUGUAUGCAUUUAGCUGACUCCAUCUCUUGCUCCAUUAACACCAUUAUGAAGUCCUGCACUAUUUCAGUCCUGCACAAUUGAAAUAGAAAAUAGUUCAAUUGAACUUGGGUUCAAGGACAAAACAAAAACAAACCCUUGUAAUUCCAGUGAGAUGAUAGUAAAAAAGAAAAAAGAAAAAAGGUGUGUAGAUAACUUCUAUCACAAUGCAAAUGACAUACCAAGUGAUUCAAUUCAUCUAUGUUACUACCUACCAAUCUAGACUACGAAGGCUUCAUGAACUUACCAUUCACAUGAAGUUACCAUGCAGUAUAACUCUCUUAUUUUAGUAUUUUCCUACUGAGAUGUAUGUUGGAAGAAAAUAAGUAGUUAUUUCUUUCAAAUUCACUUGUCAGUUCUCACAAGCAUUGUUUAUUUGCCUGCAUAUUCUUUAUGUUGACUAUAGAAAAGCAACAUUGCAUCCUCUAAUUCCUUCCCAAAACCUAAAAAAAGUUAACUAUAUUGUAAAGAGAAUAGCUAAAAAAUUAAGUUUUCCUUCUAUGAUGCGGUUUAGCCCCAUUAUCAGACAGAAGUCAGAUGACAUGGAAGCUUCCAAUAGUGGAAUUAACCAUAUUAUAGCAUUUUGUAACUAGAACCAAGGCAUGUACUAAACUGAUGUUCAUAAUGUCGACAAAGACUUGGCGUACAGAGAUUUGUACUCCAUUAAAAAAGUUGAAGCGGGGAUAAAGACUAAACUAAAGGGUAAUGCAUAUUUGUAAUCCAUUAAAAAAAAACCACAUUGCUCUGGCUCGAGAAUCAGUCACCCAUUUGAUUGUUUCUCAGGAAACAAAUGUAAGAAUUUGAUAGCAUUCUAUCUAUUCUGUUAAACUUGGAAAAUCAAAAGUCAUAUAUGAUGUACAGGGAGCAAAUAUUCAGGCAAACCCGCACUCCUUUCUUCCAAGUUCCUACCAGUCCGAUCGACCUGCGAGCACAACGGCGGUGAGCUACCCGGCGGUGUGUGGCCGGAAAACCCCUCUGACGAUCAAGUUAGACACACACACAGGGAUAGAGAGGAAGAGAGAGGAGGGUGUUGAGUGUUUGUCUCACCAAAUGUCUUUUUUUGUUUUUUUAGCAUGGGGGACGCAGACAUGCUUAUAUACCUUCUGCGCCCCAAAUCUACCCUCAGUGCUCUCUCGACACGUGGUACUGCUAUCCCAUCCGUCAACACAAAUCUCGCUGUACAUCACCUAACCCAACUGCCAGCCCACUCUGCUGGGAGCUCGGCAACCGGGGUACAGUAUCACGGCCGCCGACAUCCAGGCUGCGCUUCAUGACCAAGUGUAGCAAUAGCCGAGCUCCGUCCCUAUCAUGCUCGACUACAUUCCGGUGAAGUCGAGCUCCAGAAAGGUCACGCCGAUCAACCAAAGGCUUUCCUGCCGAGCUUCGGGCACGAGCUUCCCUGCCGAGCCAAAGGUGUAUGCCUUCUGGCCGAGCAACUCAAGCUGCACGGUCACCACCGGUGCAAAUAGUUCGGCCACGGGCCGAGCAGCCCCACCUCCAGGCAAAUCUUAAGCUAUCUCGGCCCAACACGCCCCUGGGCCUUCAACUUACACGGUUUUUAUCUCGGCCCACUUCCGGCUCAUAAAUCUCCCUCUUAAUUGCCCCUUAAUUCCGUCCGCGCAAGCGUGACUAGGAUUAUUUAUCCUGACCGGGGUAACACUUCCUCGGUCUUCGGUUUUGCAAGAGGUCAACCGAGCUAGUUUUCUUGCUCGGCUCCUUGAUUCACUCGGUCGACGCCUCGUCUGGCCUUCCUAUCUCUUCAACUCUAACGCUGCCAUUAAUGGGGGCACGUGUCAAUACCUUCUUCCAUUAAUGGGGGCACGCUGCCCUCGAGCAGCCAACCCAACCGUCCCCUCAAAUUUAAAUUUGGGCGGCUUCUUCCCCUCUAUAAACAUGCCCCUUCUGGCUUCCUUUCAUUCCUACUGCCUCUUUUCAAGCCUUCGAUGUUUCAGAGCUCAAGCACCCCCAGUAAAACUUCGUCCCUGUCAUUCCUUGCAUUUGUGCUCGAAGAAGUAGGCCCUGCCCUCAACUGGUAAGUUCCUUGAACCUCGUUUUUGCUAUUUCAGUCGGCAUUUCACAUAUUGGGGCACUAAAUUUGUAGGUUUUAGGACAUAGGCACCCAAAACCGUCCCUAACCCUUCACUCUCCUUGCUGUUCUUCAUUUUCUCUGAUGAACACUGAGGAUCUGGGGCGGACCGGGCUCCAGGUCUUCCUUUGAUCCAAAAAAUCAUUCGGACCGAGCAAAUAAGCAGUUUGUCCCAACCUUAGUAGAAACCGGGGUAACCAAAUGACUUGGCCGUUCAACCGGGUUAACAUCUGGUUCGCUUGAGCGACCGGCCUCCUUAGUUAGCCUUAAUGACCGAGGUGGUUUGGCACUCUGCAUGACCGAGCUAAAGUCAAGCACGCUUUGCGCGACCGCGCUCCCUCUUACACUUACCAUCCUUUUCCUGCAGAAUCCAAGGGGACCACAGACCAUUAUCGAGGCUCUCAACGACCGAGCAGCCAUCAAGACACCAGUCUGUGCCAAACCACCUUGCCGAGCUGAACCAGUCAGCUGCACAUGGGGCCCUUCCGCUUCCUUGUCGACACCCCGACUGCAUUGGCCGUAUUCCGGGAAGACUACGGCAUCCCGGCAGAUGUUCACCUAGAGCUCGCAGAGAUUGAGACAACCCCUUGGGACAAAUUAGACCAGUGCCCCUUCACCGUUCUUUCCAUCGUUGAGGGAGGCCUCCGCUUUCCGGUCAACCCUCUGCUGACCGAAUUCUUGCGCCGCACCGGGCUAGCACCCACACAAGUAUCAACCAACACCUACCGAAUAAUCAACGGCAUUCACGAGCUAAAUAACCGGCUAGGGACCAACUUAGGUUUAACCGAGAUACUGCGACAGUACACACUUGGGCACACGGGCGACGGCCUCGCCUAUUACUUAAAAAUUCGACCGGGCAAAGAAAAGAUAGUGACCGGCACCCCAGACAAGGACUUACACGAUGACGACUUUUUCUGGGUGUCCGGCAACUAUGAAACGGCCGAUGUACCGGGCUGGUUCAUCAGCAAUAAUUUCGGUUCCACAUGUAAGUCGUGCCAACUUGCUCGGUCGAUUGCCUUUGUUCCAUAUUCUUUAUUUUAACACUUCUCUUCUUUCCUUUGCAGCAAUCCAAGCCUUACAAGCCAACUACCACUAUCCCAACGAAGAAGCCAUCAGGGUCGUGCUCUGUUAUAGCAACCGGGAUUGCAACGAGCUGCUCGGCUACACCCCAACCUACCGGUACUCUGCUCCACGCUGGAGUAAAGUCACAGACUUUCUCCGUGCUCCAUCACCUUUUCCAGACCCAACACUACCGGACGUGCCCCUAAUCCGGUUAACUGAGGCAGAAGAGAUGGCAAAGAGAAGCCGCAUUAAGAACCUACUCACAGCAACUUCCACCGAGAUCCCGAGCAUCCAAACCCGCCCAAUUGCUGCCGGUCAAUCCAGUGGGGCCGUGGUUGCCUUGGUUUCUCCGGCUGUCGGUCAAGCCAGCGGAGAGACACGCCGUGCUGGCAAAAGACCACGUGCGGACCCUUAUGCCAAGCUAGUGAGUAAACUCAGCACCGAGCAACCUGCCAUCACCGUCGACCCAACACCGGCAUAGAGGCCCCAACUCAAACACCGGGGUAAAGACAUCCCGGCAACUGCUUCUGUCAAGGGUGACAAAGGGCAUCUGCUCACCUUUGACAUUUCAAAAGCACUCCUUCUACCGAGCGACGUGGUUGGCAGCGACCACGUGCCAGACACCGGGUUGGUGAAAUCCGUAGUGAAGUCCAUGACCAGGGCCAUCCAGAAGCAACACUUGGUCAUGGAGAGAAUUCAUCGACUGCGGCAGAAGGCAAACGACACUGCCAGCCAAGUCCAAAGUCUUCAAACUGAGCUCGGCCGAGCAAAGUCUUCACUGCAGAUUGCCAACACUGACAACACCAAGUUGCUCGGCCAGCUUCGCGACGCCGAGAAAAAACGGGAUGAGCUCCAGGCCGAGCUAAACGCACUCAAAGAGUCAAGGGAGAAAGACUGCGAAGACGCCAACAACGCCGACUUUAAAGAGGCCGAGGACAGUUAUAAGAAACAGGUCUUCGCCACCCAAGACAUCCAUUUCAAAGAAGGUUGGAAGUCUGCCUGCGAACAGCUCGGUCAAGGUCCUCAUACCGACGUGUUUGCCUCUCCGCCAGCUAUCUUCCUACCGACCUAUCUCGUGCCAUAUGCCAACGACGUCUUCAGGGCAUUGGAGGCUGAGGCCGAGGAAGGACUUGAAGGAGCAGCCAACGCAGAUGUUGAGGGAGAGGACCGCCAAGAGCAGGAGCAGCCCGGCCAAACUGCAACCGGCGUCCGAGGUCAAAGCCCACCAAUCAACCUGGAGGAAGCUGGCGACGAAUUCACUAACCUUUCCUCCCUAGUGUAGUUUUCUUAGUUUUUCUUUCUUUUUGCUCAGCACAUGUAACUGGGCUGUCUGCCCCACCUCUUGUACAUAUUUUUAUCAUCAAUGAAAAAGCUCAAUUUUCUUAAAGUGUUGGCACGGUCAGCUGAGUAAACUCAACCGGACAAAAUACUUCGGCAACAUUAACCGUCUUGCUUAA